AUGAUCUACGGCACUGCCUGGAAAGGAGACCAAACAGCAGACCUAGUCGCACAUGCCUUCGAAGCCGGAUUCCGCGCUUUUGACACCGCAGCCCAGCCUCGCCACUAUCGCGAAGAGCUGGUCGGCAAGGGCAUCAGAAUAUGCGUGGCAAAGUUCGGCGCGAAAAGGGAAGAUCUGUACAUCCAGACCAAGUUCCUUGGCCUUGCAGGUCAAGGCGCCGGACAAGAGGUGCCGUACGAUCCUGCUUCGAGCCUCACUGAGCAGGUGCGAACGUCCAUAAUAGGGUCAUUGUCCAAUCUGGCACCGGAAGAACAUCUGCCUCUGACGCAGGUCUUCAUAGACUGCCUGAUACUGCACGCGCCAUUUCAACGUCUGGAGGACACGCUUUCGCUUCAGGAGCUUCAAGGACUUUGCCAGCACGUAAAGAUUAAACCUUCCGUGGUCCAGAACGCCUUUCACUCUGGGACCAAAUCUGAUGUCGAUGUUCGAAAAUUCUGUGUGCAGAACGGUAUCGUGUACCAGGCCUUUUCGACUCUGACUGCCAAUCCAGAGCUCCUUUCAAGCGAUUUUGUGAGCUCUUUGGCUUCAGAGGCGGGCAUGGAGAGGGCUGUGGCGUUGUACUACCUCAUAGAGAAGCUCGAGAACGUCAACGUCCUGAACGGAACAACGAAAGCUGAGACUAUGAAACGAGACUUGGAACAGGUGCUCGAAUUGAAGGACUGGGCAUCGUCCAGCUCGCAUGCAGAAGAGCUAGCUGUCAUCACGUCGCAAUUCAGAGCUUAUAUCGGGGAGAGGGACGAGGGUGGGACAUGA